AUGGUCAAGAAGCCAGGAAUGUUCAGCAAGUACACGAGGGCGGCGCGGCUGUCAGUGUAUGGAGUGAAUGCCACAGUUUCCCACGGGGCAAGCGGGUAUAGUUGCGGGUUAUCAUAUCCGCUGAAGUCCAACGAGGGAGGCAGCUCCUCCGCGGUGUGGUUCUUGUAUGCUUCUCUGAACGCGCGGUUCGUCUUCGACAGCGCGAUGCGCGUGUUCACGUGCCUCACGUUCGAGAGAAGGACGCUCGCGAGCUGCUCGUUCGGGUCGAACGUCGGCGCGGCGGGGUCGGGGGCGGACAUCGUGCGUGCGCGUGCGGGCGCGCGCGAAGAAGUGAGCCGAGCGGCGGCGGUAAAAACUCUCACCCUCCGAGAAAAGAGGCUCCAAGACAACGACCUCGCGCGGCGUCGGCGACAGGACGCGCGCACACCUCCCGCGCGCCCGCCCGCGCGUCGACCGCGUCGCGUCGCGUCGUAUCGCUCGCGCACCUACCACCCGCGCGCGAUGUACGCCGCCGCGGCGGUCGCGACCGCGACCGCGCCGCCGCCGCCGCGAGCGCGCCGCGCCCGCCGCGUCCAGACGACGCGCGUCGCGUCCUCUUCUUCCUCCUCCUCAUCUUCUCUUCGCGCGCGCCGCGUCGUCGUCGUCGCGCGCGCGACGCCGCCGCCCGGCGACGACGCGCCGGCGCCCUCCUUCUCCUCCGACCCCGGCGCGGAGACCGCGAACGACGCGGUGCGGCUCGCGAAGCAGGUGAACGACGCGGUGGACGACCGCGACCGAUGCGCGCGCGCGCGCGACAUCGAGGCCGCGGCGUCGCGCGCGGAGGCGUCGCGCGCGGAGGAGCUGCGGAAGGAUUUGGAGGAGGCUGUGCGCGACGCGGACGCGGGGCGAUACCCGAAGCGCGCGCGCGCGCCGGGGCGCGUGGAUCCGACGGACGCGAUGGCGCCGCCGGCGACGCCGCCGCCGCCGCCCUUGACGAGCAGCAGCGACGACGAGGAGGAGGGCCCGGCGUUGGUCGCGCCGCCGCCGCCGCGCGAGGACGACGCGCCGCGCUGGGUCGGAGAGGCGACGGCCGAAGGAGAACCCGCGGCGGCGGCGGCGGCGGCGGCGGAGGAGGAGGAGGUUCCGCCGGACCCGGACCCUCCGAACCCUCCCACGAUAUCGACCGAAGAGAUCGCCGCGAUAAUCUCGGAGUUCGAGGAGACGAUGCAGAUCCACGACGCGGUCCUGGACGCGUCGCUGAAGAAGAUGGCCGAGCAGGAGGACGCGAGCGAAGCGCCGGCGACGGCGCCGGCGCCGGCGCCGAAAAAGUCGGAGCGCCGCGAGAAGAUUGAAGAAAAAAUCCGCGAAAGCCGCGGCCGCCUCGAGAAGGAAGCGGACGCGUACGCCGACGCCGCGCUCGCGGCGACGAUCAAAUUCGCCGAGGGCGCGGACGCCCCAGACGUCCACACGCCGCCCGGGUACCCCAUCCCCACCCCGGACCGCGCCUUUCUGAGCGGCGAAAGAGGUCACCGCACGCACGUCGCCACGCCCGUCGACGCGGAGGCGCGUUCUAUGUAUUUACACUGGUCCCCAUACGACCGCGUUCGCGUUGUGAACUUCAUUCCUUAA